AUGUACGAGGGAGACUCGUGGUACAAUGCCUUCGUGCCGCGCGCGGCCAAGCCCCAGGAAAAGGGCAAACACCGCCGGAGGGAGAGCCUGCUCAAGCAGGAAAGCGAGACGCAGGCUGACUUCGAGCGCGCAGAGGCCAUUGUAGAGACGCCAGAAGAUGACCGCCCGGGGAAACUCAGUGGCCCUCCACCGGCCACCGUGGCCAGACGAGCCAAGUCAUACAGCGACUUUUAUACCGUGGUGCGGACGCACCUGAAGAAGGAAAAGGCAUUGGAGAAGAAAAAGUCAAGGGAAGACCUCAGCACUGAACUCGAGUUGGCCGGGUGGUAUGGCGAUGUCAACGACGACUUGUUGGAAGCCAGCCAUGAAGAGUACAGACGCUACCAGAACCAGCUGCAUAUGACGCGGAACCACCUUCAAAAUGUCAUCUCCGAUACCACCUCUGCCCUGGACAUUCUCUCGUCGCUCUCGGAAUCGUUCAAGAUUGUCGAAGCGCAGACCAACGCUUUCCGCACACAAUGCGAGGGCCUCAUAGACGACCAGAAGCGCAUCACAAAACUCGCCGACGACAUGGAACAGAACCUGCGAUACUACCUGUAUCUCGAGCCUACCACCAAGCGACUCAAUGCGCCAGGCGCGGGAAAGAUUGUACGGGGCAGCGAGUUUGUGGAAAUGCUGGCAAACUUGGACAGUUGUCUCGACUAUAUGCAAGCGCACUCGAAGCACCGCGAGGCCGAGACAUAUCGCUCAAGAUACAGAUUGCUGCUCACGCGCGCCCUUACUCUCAUUCGUGUCCACUUCACCGAAGCCCUGCGAGAGAUCGCGGCCGACGUAUCGAAACGGAUAGCGGACCGGCAACUGAACGACACGACCAUGUCUGCAUUGUUGUAUGCUAAAUUCCGUGUUGGCGCGCCAGAGUUGAAGAGCAUCGGCAUCGAAAUACAAAAGCGCGCAGUGCUACCCCCUGGGGCCGCACCAGGAGCAGAGGCAGAGUAUCAGAGUCUCAUGAAUGAGCUAUACCAGAGCUACUCGGCUACUCGCGGCCGGCUAAUCCUACCCAUCAUAACGAAAAAGAUUGGAGAAAUUGCGCAAGCCCCGAGCACAUCGACUGACUUGGUCGCGUUUGCUCGAAGUAGCAUAAGCUAUAUUCGCGGCAUAUGCUUCGACGAAUGUGACCUCUGGCGCGAGUGGUUUGAAGGUGACGGCGGGUUGUAUGACUUCCUCGAAGCCGUGUGCGAGCCGCUGUACGACCAUCUUAGACCACGGACCAUUCAUGAAACUCAGAUACUGAAGCUAUGCGAGCUCUGCACGAUGAUCCAGACACGGUAUAUGGAAGAGGAAGAGGAAGAUUCGUCAGUGGAAGCCAACAAGCUUGACUUUUCCGUCAUAGUACAUCCUGCACUGGAAGACGCGCAGAGCCGGCUUGUGUUCUUAUCACUAGCCGUCCUGCGAGAUGACAUUGAAAGGUACAAGCCAAAGCCAGAAGACCUCGACUACCCUUCCAAGAACAAGAAGCAAGUCACUUCCGGAACCAAGUCGAACCAACCAGUGUUAUCUGGCAAAAAGCAACCAAAGUCUGACGUUCUCUCUACACCAUCAAUGCCAAAGUCGCCCGCAGUCAUUAAAGAAGACGAUUCGAACGCUCGGUGGAACUUUAACACUGAGGCAGCCUUUCAAGACUGGUAUCCGACAUUGCGCAAGGCUAUUUGGCUGCUCAGUAAAAUAUACAGGCUUGUUCAUUCAUCCGUUUUCGAUGAUCUAGCGCAUCGCAUUGUUCACAGUACCACUGUCUCGCUCACUCACGCCAGUGCACUCCUUGCGAAAUCGUCGUCGCCUACAGACGCCGCCUUGUUUCUCAUCUCACAUCUACUUCUCUUGAAGCAACAGAUUGUAGCUUUUGAUAUCGAAUUUGUCACGCCUCAAACCGAGGUCCAAUAUAACUUCUCCAGCGUGACGAAUACCUUUUGGGAACUACGUGCACGAGGCGGUCUCUUCAACCCACGCAACCUCGUCGGCCUGCUGAUUCCAAAAGUUGUGGAAAACAUGUUGGACGCCAAAGCGGAGGUGGAUGCUCGUUUGCGUCAAGCAAUCAACGACUUUACUGGCCAAUUCGUGAAUAGGAUGACGGCGCCAAUCGACACAAAGAACAACAAAAAAGUACCGGCAAACGAAGCAGCUGCACGCACGAGCAAGGUCCGGCAAAACAUUGAGCACGAAACACCGUUUCUGCGAUCAAAGUUAGAGGAGUACAUCACCGAUGCGCGUACACGCGAAAUGCUUGUCGCAGCCGUCAUGGAAUCGGUGACACAGACAUACGAGGAUUGGUACGACACUUCGUAUUCUGUUAGCAAUCAGAACGGUGCUGGCCGGAGCCAUAAAGGCAAAGGCAGGGAAGAUGGUGUCUGGGAUCCUGAUUCAUUCAGCGAGUGGUGCAGUAAUGUUUUCAAAGUCGGCACGCUGGGUCUGGGCAUUGUGGAUCACGAACACGACUAUGACAACGGAAACGAUAGUAGCGACGCUGACAGUCUGGGCGGUACGAGUGCACGCACAGGCACGGAGAGGACGGGUACUACGGGGUUGAGAAUCAAGAUGUAAGAUGUAAUGGGAGGAGGUAGAGAUUUAGAUGCUGGUAAAAAAAAGAUCAAGCCAGCUCAGGAGAGCUUGAGC